AUGGCCAGAAGCCUUGUCGCCCGGAAACGGAACAUCCAAUGUAGAACUAAGGUGAAAACUGGUUGUACAACCUGCAGGAUAAGGAAAGUCAAAUGCGACGAAAACAAGCCAUUUUGCCAAAAAUGUGUUGGCACUGGUCGUACCUGCGACGGCUACGAGGCUCCCUUUAGAUUUGUUACUAACCAACCCACGAACAACGCUCAUGCCGGCGGCGCUCGGUUAGGCGUUGGUUUACAACUCAUUCGGCCCACCGCUACUGAGAUUGGCCCCCUGGACAUCGACCUUCUCAACCGUUAUUUCUCAACCAAAACCAUUUUCGAUGUGAAGCUGAGCUGUGGUGAAGAGGCCAGGCAAGUCCUUCAAGCCAGCUUGACUGAUCCGCCUAUACGACACGCAGUCUUGUCUCUUAGAGCUCUUCGCGAAGACCUCGAGGCAUCCGGAGUCGUUUCAGCAUCUUCCACACAGCAGACUGCGGGCUAUGAUUACGGCGUCCAGCAAUACUGUAUGGCCUUAGGGGGUCUUGCGUCUAACUUGUCCUCUCCAGACUCCAACGGGUUGAAGUCGGCAUUACUUUGCUGUCAGGUCUUUGUCAGCAUUGAGCAAGUGCGAGGAAACUACACUGCUAUGGCCCAGCAUAUCAUUCGAGGAUUCAGAAUCAUGCAUCAGUACCGGGCCAGGCCAUGUCUUGUUCCCGCAGAUAAAUUGGUGCCAGCACACCAUGGGAGACUGCCUCUCCUUGACCUGUUCAUCAUCAAGCUAUUUGCUGCACCAUGUAAGUUCGCAGAUCCUCCAACAAUAUCUGAUAUGAGCGGGACGACGGUGCCUGUGUCUCCGAUGUCUGAAUCUCCAGAUCUUCCCAGGAUUGUACCCGACAUGCGGACAGAGCUUACCAGGAUUGCCACAUCGACUGUUGAAUUCCUCGGCAAAGUGUCACAAAUCAAAUCGGUAGAAGACGCUGUUCGACUACUGUCCGAGAAAGUAGCUCUGCUGGACUCCUUAGGAUCGUGGCUCACUGGCCUUGAACUGGUUGAGACGGAGAUCAAACCUCCUGGCCCUGAGCUUGUUUCGGUAGCUUUCAUGCGCCUCUUCCAUGUGAUACUGAAAAUAAUUCUCUUGGGUACACUGGACUCCUCGCCGAAUCUGAACGCCGAACUGCGGACCGAGAACGACCGACUACAAGGAUUAGCUAACAGUAUCGGCGAAAGGGUCAAGGGUUAUAGAAUGCGCAGUGUGAAUAGAAAUGGUCGAGAGGCGCGAUCUAAAGUGUGCUAA